AUGCAUCCUCGCAAUCCAUAUAGGAACCCCCCAGAUUUCUACCAGUUGGCAGCAGACUAUCCUCCUCUCUUGAAACAGAAGCUCAAAGGUAUAAUAUUCCUUGUGUCUCGCUUGCUCAACCUGAAGUCUUGUCAUUCAUACAGGCAACUAACUCAAGCCAUUCUACAUCGCGAUUUCGGACUUUCCAUCAGCCUCCCAAAACACCGUUUAUGCCCUCCUGUUCCUAACAGAUUGAAUUAUGUUCUAUGGAUCCAAGAUAUCAUGCAUGCACAUCGCCAUCUCCAAUCUAGCCCAAGUCAUAUUAUUCGAGGGAUUGACGUUGGCACCGGAGCAUCCGCUAUUUAUCCGCUUCUGGCGUGCAAGCUAGAGCCAACUUGGGAGUUCGUUGCGACAGAGAUCGACGAAACAUCCCACACCUACGCGAAAUCAAACAUCAAUUUGGCUGGCUUGGAAGAACGUGUCUUGAUCGCGAAAGCCUCUCUAGAGAAGCCCUUGCUCUUUCCUAUGAACGAUUGGCAAUUAAAGGAUUUCGAUUUCAUAAUGUGUAACCCCCCAUUUUACAGCAGCGAAGAAGAAGUGAAAGAGUCAGCAGGUCUCAAGGAGCUCCGUCCCAAUGCUGUGCGUUGCUUAUUUUGA